GCACGAUGGCGUUCGUCGACCCGACGCGCGCCUUGGCUUCGUUCACCGAGUACAAGACGGGUGUUGAGCCCGUGCUCGCCGACGCCGACGUCCGAAACAAAGUCGGUGCCGUGGCGAACGACCUGCAGGUCCAAAACUGCAUCCAGUUUCUCGACGACGUGGCACGUCUUCUCGAAUGCGCGAUCGCACUGUCGUACGACCACCAAUGCCACGCGUCGAUGCUGAGUCUCGCGAUCCAGUACCAGACGCUGGUCGACGCCUUUUGCCGUGCGAGCUCGACCCACCUGCAAACGUCGAUGGAAGCGCUCAAGCACUUCAAGCUGACCUUUUUCAGCCUCCGGAAACACGAGAUCGACGAUGCCCGCUCGCUGCUUGCGGCGCUGCCUUCGCUCGCUGCGCGCUCGGAAGGAAUGAACUCGAGCCUCCUUGACCAGGUGACCGAUUUCCUGCGCGAUGUCAACGCCCGCCUCCAAGUGGUCAAUGCCGCGAUCAACGCCGUGAUGCGCGACAUGGUCUUGGCCAAAAGAGAGGACCGCGCUGCGCACGAGUACGCCGUGAUGAGCCUCGAGAGGACCAUGAAGGUGCUUGGGAUCAUGAAAGCCAAGCUGGAAAACGUGCGCUGCUAUGUUGCCAUGUCCAAGGACCGCUGUUGUACGAUGGCAGAGCCCAACACAGGCUUGAAAACAGGCCUUCAGUUGGCUACGAGCCAGCGCCCCGACAUGGUCGUAAAGGCCAUGACCCAGGACUGGUACGAAUGGCUCGCUCUCGCCAAGACGAACGACGCAAGCGUGCGUGGCAUGGACGGCGUGCGCACGGCUAUGCACCGCAUCCUCUCGACGCUGCCCACUGCGGCGCCAGCCAGCGACCGUCUAGCGAAGCUCAUGCAGCAUCUCCAAUCUGGUCACUAG